GACUCAGUGGAAACGUGUGAGAAGUGGGUAAACAGCACGACCCAGCAGCUCGACCUGGCAUUCAAUAUUUUCUUCAUGAUCUACUUCUUUAUCAGGUUCAUAGCAGCGUCGGACAAGUUGAUCUUCCUGGUGGAGUUGUACUCCCUGGUGGACUACUUCACCAUCCCUCCAUCCUUCGUGGCCAUCUACCUCAACAGGAAUUGGUUAGGUUUACGAUUCACGCGAGCUCUGAGGUUGAUGACCAUCCCAGAUGUCCUGCAGUACUUGAACGUCCUCAAAACUUCGAACGGCAUCAGACUGGCUCAGCUCGUCUCCACACUCAUCAGCGUCUGGUUCACAGGAGCCGGAUUCGUUCACUUGGUGGAGAACUCAGGCGACCCAUUCAACGACUUCAAAAACCGGCAGGAACUCUCUUAUUGGGACUGCGUGUACUUCACUCUGGUCACUAUGUCGACAGUUGGCUACGGAGACAUCAGCUGUGUCACUCCAUUCGGCAGGAUAUUCAUGGUCUUCUUCAUAUUAGGAGCGCUUGCGAUGUUUGCAAGUUUCAUUCCAGAGAUAAUGGACAUCAUCGGUACGAGAAGGAAAUACAGUGGCUCCUACAAAAAGGAACAUGGAAAAAGGCACAUUGUAUUGUGUGGCCACAUAACCUUCGAGUCAGUCUCCAACUUCAUGUCCGAUUUUCUGCACAAAGAUCGUGAGGACGUCGACGUCCAGCUGGUCAUCAUGAACAGGAAAGAGCCAGAUUUGGAGUUGGAGGGCUUGGUGAAAAGGCACUUCACUCAGGUCAUCUUUUUCCAGGGGACCGUCAUGGAUGCCAACGACCUCCACCGAGUCAACGUGAAAGAGGCGGACGCAUGUUUGGUCUUGGCCAACAAAUACUGCGAGGACCCUGACGCCGAAGACGCUGCCAACAUAAUGAGGGUCAUCUCCAUCAAGAACUACGACGACGACACCAAGGUCAUCAUCCAGCUGCUUCAAUACCACAACAAGGCUUAUCUGUUGAACAUUCCAAGUUGGGACUGGAAGAGAGGGGACGACGCUGUCUGCCUGGCGGAACUGAAGCUUGGUUUCAUCGCGCAGAGCUGUCUGGCUCCGGGCUUCUCAACACUCAUGGCUAAUUUAUUCACCAUGAGAUCUUAUAAAAUUUCCCUGACAACCCCGCAAUGGCAGAACGAUUACAUGCGAGGGACGGGCAUGGAGAUGUACACGGAAAGUUUAUCUGCUGAUUUCAACGGGUUGUCUUUUCCAGAGGCCGCCCAGUUGUGCUUCACAAAAUUGAAACUGCUGUUGAUCGCCAUCGAGAGCAAGUCAGACUGUGGCAAGGAGAGCUGUCUGUCCAUCAACCCUGGCCCUGAAGUGGUCAUCGACUGCAGCACACAGGGGUUCUUCAUUGCUGAGUCGGCUGACGACGUCAAGAGAGCCUUUUAUUACUGCAAGAUGUGCCAUGGCUCUGUCACUGAUAUCAAACUUAUUAAGAAGUGCCGAUGCAAAGGAAGUAGCAUUCCUUUUCAAAGACUCGGCACGAAGUCACCGACAUCUGGUAGAAGGCAGAGUAGAAUCGGAUCAUUAUCACAACUCAGAAGUUUGACAAUGCCCUCCUCGUCACUACCCCCACCACUGAUACCCAACAUGAAGCACUCCAACAGCACCCACAUGACGUCAGCGUUCCAGGACACCCCCACCACAUCCACUGCCACCUUCAUGUCGACGGCCACCUCGACGAGCAUGAGCCAUCCAGGCAUGCUGAUGAGUCAUCAGGUGGGCGGAGCUUACGUCAACGUGACAACUCCUGAGUUCGAUUCCACCGGAAUGUUUCACUGGUGUCCCGCGCAAUCCAUCGCUUCCUGCAUCAUUGACCGAGAACAAGCAGCGGUAACAAUUUUGAGUUCCCACGUUGUCGUCUGCCUCUUCGCAUCGGCCACCUCUCCCCUGAUUGGCCUGCGCAACCUCAUCAUGCCCCUGAGGGCCAGCAACUUCAAGUACGACGAGCUGAAGCACGUGGUGAUUGUUGGGGACAAGGAGUAUAUUAGGAAGGAGUGGAAGAGUCUUCAAAACUUCCCCAAGAUACUCAUUCUUGACGGCACUCCGUUGAACAGAGCUUCGCUGAGAGCGGUCAACAUCAACUUGUGUGACAUGUGCGUCAUUCUGUCGGCCAGUUCGAAGUCGAACGUUGACGACGGCAGUCUCGUGGACAAGGAAGCUAUCCUCUGCUCCCUGAACAUUAAGGCCAUGUCCUUCGACGAUGCGUUUGGUCUCCUACAGCAAGCCAUCUAUCAGGCGUUCGAUGCUUUUUUGCCUUCCAACCAACCUGGAGACCACGAAAGGAAAGUUGUGCACGGAACAAGCAUCCCCAUGAUUACAGAACUGGGCAACGAUGCAAACGUGCAGUUUUUGGACCAGGACGACGAUGACGACCCCGACACCGAACUUUACAUGACGCAGCCCUUUGCGUGUGGCACUGCCUUUGCCGUCAGUGUUCUCGAUUCUCUGAUGAGCACGACCUACUUCAACGACAACGCCCUGACCUUGAUAAGAACGUUGAUAACUGGAGGAGCUACUCCAGAACUAGAGCAGAUCCUGGCAGAGGGUGUGGGCAUGAGACCUGGAUACCCUCAUGAGAACAUGCAGUCCAUGAGAAGCAGGUGUCGUGUCGCUCAGAUGGCUGUCUAUCAAAGUCCACUCAAUCGAAUACCUGAACUGACGACAUACGGCGACUUGUUCGUCUUUGCACUUCAAACAUACAACAUCCUCAUCAUCGGAUUGUACAGAUUGAAAGAA